UAACGAAUUUAUUGAUGUUUCAAAAUCGGAAAGCUUUCUGUUCAGCUCUUUAACUUCCAUCCUUAAAACGAACAAACUUCUCUUUGCUUUCUUCUCUCUUUCUCAACAUCUUCGUCUUCUUGUGAUUUUUUCUCAGAUCUGAGCUCGAUGAAGGGCAGGUAAUUUGAAGCUGCUCUCUGUUUGAAGUUCAAAGCUCGGACGUCUACGGCAGUGUACUCUCUCAAUACUCUCUCUACAGUUGUAGUGAGUGCAUUAUUCAUGGCAAAAUCUCGGCAAUAUUUUUCUCCCCAAGAUGCAUCGAUGUCCCCGACUUCUGCAAGGUCAAGAGACUGGGAAGGUCCAUCAAGAUGGACUGAGUACUUGGGACCAGAUUUAACUUCUUCAGCAUCAUCUCGGAGCUCUAGAAAUGUUGGUCCUGAGGGGCAGGUUCUGAGUUCUGGUGGGUCCAGUAAGGGUUUGAACAUACAGUGGGUGGUUCAACUUAUUGAAGUUGCAGAAGGCCUCAUGGCAAAAAUGUACAGAUUAAACCAAAUCCUGGACUACCCUGAUCCUGCUAAUCAUUUGUUUUCUGAAGCAUUUUGGAAAGCAGGUGUUUUCCCAAAUCAUCCAAAGAUAUGUUUAUUGCUUUCAAAAAAGUUCCCGGAGCACUUUAGCAAAUUGCAGCUUGAACGUGUUGAUAAGGCUGCUCUGGAUGCCUUGCAUGAUGGGGCAGAAGUUCAUUUACAGAACUUGGAGCCAUGGGUGCAGCUUCUUCUUGAUUUGAUGGCAUUUCGAGAACAAGCCCUUCGACUCAUAUUGGAUCUUAGUAGCACAGUUAUUACCUUGUUGCCCCAUCAGAACUCGCUUAUUCUACAUGCAUUUAUGGAUCUCUUUUGUUCGUUUGCCCGAGUAAAUCUUUUCUCUGAGAAGAUACCCAGGAAACUGAUGUUGCAAAUGUAUAAUCUUUUGCAUGCCAUAUCAAGAAAUGAGAGAGACUGUGACUUCUAUCAUCGGUUAGUUCAAUUCAUAGACUCUUAUGAUCCACCAUUGAAAGGGUUACAGGAAGACCUAAAUUUUGUCAGCCCCCGUAUUGGAGAGGUCUUGGAGGCUGUUGGUCCCAUUAUUUUUUUAUCUACAGACACAAGGAAGUUGAGAAAUGAGGGAUUUUUAAGUCCAUAUCAUCCCAGAUAUCCUGAUAUACUUACAAAUUCUGCUCACCCCAUGCGAGCCCAAGAUCUUGCAAAUGUUACUUCUUAUCGGGAGUGGGUGUUACUUGGGUAUCUUGUUUGCCCUGAUGAGUUGCUUCGUGUCACUAGCAUUGAUAUUGCUCUGGUUGUACUUAAAGAGAAUUUAGUUCUUACAUUGUUCAGAGAUGAGUCUAUUCUAGUGCAUGAGGACUACCAGUUGUAUGUUUUACCCCGGAUACUAGAAUCAAAGAAGAUGGCAAAAUCUGGACGAAUCAAGCAAAAAGAUGCUGAUCUGGAAUAUAGUGUGGCUAAGCAAGUCGAGAAAAUGAUAAGUGAAGUGCAUGAACAAGCAUUAGUUUUGUGUGAUACAAUUCACCGGGAGAGGAGAAUAUUAUUAAAGCAAGAAAUAGGAAGAAUGGUGCUUUUCUUCACUGACCAACCAAGCCUGUUGGCUCCAAAUAUUCAAAAAUGGUAUUUCUGCUUGGCACUAGCUCAAUCUGAGGUCAUCUGGUACUUCCAACAUGUUGGAAUUGCAUCAUCGAAAUCAAGGGCUACUAGAAUUAUACCAGUUGAUAUAGAUCCAAGUGAUCCAACUAUUGGGUUCUUGCUAGAUGGAAUGGAUCAACUUUGCUGUCUGGUGCGCAAGUAUAUUGCAGCAAUCCGAGGUUAUGCACUAUCAUAUCUCUCUUCAUGUGCUGGUAGAAUUCGUUUUUUGCUCGGAACUCCUGGAAUCGUGGCCCUUGACCUUGAUGCAAGCUUGAAAGGACUUCUCCAAAAAAUUGUACUGCAUCUUGAAAACAUACCCAAACCACAGGGUGAAAACAUUUCCGCUAUUACGUGCGAUCUAUCAGAUUUCCGAAAGGAUUGGUUGUCAAUUUUGAUGAUUGUUACAUCUGCUCGUUCAUCUAUAAACAUAAGGCACCUGGAAAAAGCUACUGUCUCAACUGGGAAGGAAGGGUUACUGUCUGAAGGAAAUUCUGCAUACAAUUGGUCCAGAUGCGUUGAUGAACUGGAGUCUCAAUUAUCGAAACAUGGAAGUCUUAAAAAGCUUUAUUUCUAUCACCAGCACCUUACUGCGGUUUUUAGAAACACUAUGUUUGGACCAGAAGGGCGUCCUCAGCAUUGUUGUGCAUGGCUUGGUGUUGCUAGUAGUUUCCCGGAAUGCGCUUCUCCAAUUGUUCCAGAAGAGGUAACAAAGAUUGGGCGAGAUGCAGUUCUAUAUGUUGAAUCUCUUAUUGAAUCCAUCAUGGGAGGAUUGGAGGGAUUAAUCAAUAUUCUUGAUUCUGAUGGUGGAUUUGGUGCCUUGGAGACUCAGCUUCUUCCUGAGCAAGCAGCUUCUUAUCUGAAUAAUGCAUCAAGAGUUCCAGUCCCAUCAGGGAAAUCUCCCAAGGGGGUUGGUGGUUUUCCUUUGCCUGGCCAUGAAAGCUAUCCUGAAAAUAACAAUUCCAUCAAAAUGUUAGAAGCUGCAAUGCAGAGACUGACCAACUUAUGUUCACUUUUGAAUGAUAUGGAGCCUAUAUGUGUUCUAAACCAUGUAUUUGUUCUGAGGGAGUACAUGAGAGAAUGUAUCCUUGGGAACUUCAGGAGAAGAUUGCUUGCAGUAUUGAAAACUGAUAAUGAUCUUCAACGACCUUCUGUCCUUGAGUCACUCAUUCACAGACACAUGAGAGUAGUCCAUCUGGCAGAGCAGCAUAUUAGUAUGGAUUUAACCCAGGGUAUUCGAGAAGUUCUACUAACUGAGGCUUUCUCAGGACCUGUUUCUUCUUUGCACUUGUUUGAAAAAUCAACGGAGCAACUUAGUGGAUCUGCAGCAGAAGUUGUGUGCAACUGGUACAUUGAAAACAUUGUCAAAGAUGUAUCAGGUGCUGGAAUCCUAUUUACUCCAAUGCAUGAAUGCUUCAAGAGCACAAGGCCUGUUGGUGGGUAUUUUGCUGAGUCAGUCACUGAUCUCAGAGAACUGCAGGCAUUUGUUCGUAUUUUUGGCGGCUACGGAGCUGACAGGCUGGACAAAAUGAUGAAAGAACACACUGCUGCUCUCUUAAAUUGCAUUGACACAUCAUUGCGCUCAAACCGGGAGGUGCUAGAGGCAGUUGUUGGCAGCAUGCACUCUGGUGACAGAAUGGAACGAGAUGCUUGCUUGAAGCAGAUUGUGGAUUUGGAUACAGUAAUAGGAUUUUGUGUUGAGGCAGGGCAGGCAUUGGCUUUUGAUCAUCUUUUAGCCGAAGCUACUGGAGCAGUGCUUGAAGAACAUUUGCCCUUGAUACAUUCACUACUUGCCGGGGUAGUUAAACAUAUACCAGAAGAAAUGCCUGAAAAAAAUGAAAUCAGGAGGAUUAAGGGAGUUGCUAACAGUGUAGUCCUGGCUGGCAAUCAUGAUUCAGAAUGGGUGAGAUCAAUUUUGGAAGAGGUGGGUGGUGCAAACAAUGGUUCGUGGAGCUUGUUACCUUAUUUAUUUGCCACCUUCAUGACAUCCAAUAUAUGGAACACUACUGGCUUCAAUGUUGAAACUGGGGGCUUCAACAACAAUAUCCACUGUUUGGCGAGGUGCAUCGAUGCUGUGAUUGCAGGAAGUGAGUAUGUCCGCUUGGAACGGGAGCAUCAGCAGCGGCAAUCUCUGUCAAAUGGCCAUGGUGAUGAAAAUUUGGAUCUUGAGAUACAGACUCGUUUAUCUGCCGAGGCAAGCAUAAAAUCAGCUAUGCAACUCUUCAUCAAAUUCUCCACAGGGAUUGUACUAGAUUCAUGGGGUGAAGCUAACAGAUCUCAUCUUGUAGCUAAGCUUAUUUUCCUAGAUCAAGUCUCUGAGAUUUCACAGUAUCUUCCAAGAUCCUCUCUUGAACCUUAUAUUCCUUAUGCUAUUCUUCGUUCGAUUUAUAGCCAGUACUAUUCAAACUCUCCAUCCAUGUCACUGGCAUUACUGGCUGCAUCACCCCACUAUUCACCUGCUGUAUCAUUAGCGCACUUGUCUCCUGUGAUGAAGCAGGCCCGUGGUGACUCAACUCCUCAAUAUGGUGCCAAUGACUCUGGUUUCUUUAAGGGAACAUCAUCUCAUAGUCAGGAUCACCUUUACAAUACUGAUAGUGGAAGCCUAAGGAGCGGUGAUAGCAAACACCGGAAUCUUCGGAGAUCUGGGCCUUUAGAUUACAGUUCAAGCCGCAAAUCUAAGUUUGUGGAAGGCUCAACUUCAAACAGCACAGGACCCAGUCCGCUGCCAAGAUUUGCAGUAUCAAGAUCUGGUCCGAUAUCAUAUAAAUGAAAGAUGGUCAGCACCAAAAUGAAGGUAGUAAAUAAUAUUAUUGUCUGAUUAACUAUUCAUAGCAGAAUAACGAUUAGAAGGUUAGUCAAAAAAAUUUUCCUACAAAAAAUGUAAAUUUAGAUAAUCACAUACCUUAUGGAACCAUGUAAGUUCACAUGCCAGUAGUUUUUCUUAGUUUAUGGAGGUUGUGCACUAGAGCUAGAUUUCCCAUUUUAGAUGCUUGGCCUGAAGUUACACUAUUCCCUAUUUAAUUGAUUCGUCGUGUGAAAUGCUCUAUGAGGCCCUAAAUUUAACUUGGAGAUACCCUUCCUUUCGUGCAA